AUGGCGAUGGAUCUCCCAAAAAGUUCGAUACCGGGUAAUAAACACCCAAGUGAUAUUGUGUGUAAGCUCAAUGCUGUGGUGGGAAUAUUGUCUGUAGUUCUAAUUGUACCUGUUGUGGUAAUGCGGAUAUGGGUCAGAAGGAACUUACAAGGUGGAAUGCAUCUGGAAGAUUGUAAGUCUUGUACUUUUAUCAUUUUCGCUGAACAAGAUUCUGACUUUGCGUCUAGGGGUUUGCAUAUCUGCUACCGUAUGUCAAUUCGUUUUUCUUCUUGUUUAGAUUACACUUCUGACCUUGGACUAGUUUUUCUUCAUAGCAUAUUGUGCAAAUACAACAACAUGUACGUGUAUAUCCGUCUUUGCAUUACAGGGCUUGCUAACUUUUUAAAGUGAGUAAUGAUGGAGGUGGCAUGCACAUAUGGGACGUAUCCAACACUCAGUACAGACGUUUCUUAUUUGUAAAUAUCCCAAGCCUACCCCGAUGCACACAGUAGCUAACUAUUAUCAUCAGGGCAUGUGGCGCAACACACUCCUCUAUGGUCCCGCUGCACUUCUUAUCAAAAUCACCCUACUUUUAAUCUUUACUCGGAUAUGGGCACCUAUUCGAAUUGCUGUCAUUAGUAUCAAUAUCUUCAUGGUCCUUUUGUUGAUUUAUUACAUCACGAUGCUCGUGAUCAAGGUCAUGAUUUGCGAACCCAUUCAUGCGUUCUGGGACUUGAAUGUCAGAGCACAUUGUUGGGACAUCAACGGGAUUUUCUUAGCCGACGCCAUCGUCAGCGUUACCACCGACAUCGCGAUCCUGGUCAUCCCAAUACCUCUCAUAUGGGACCUUCACGUCUCAUUAGUGAAGAAGAUCAAACUCUUUGGGAUUCUUGGUGCGGGUGGUCUAGCUGCAGCUGCGAGUGUUGCCAGACUUCGCAAGGUGACCACCAUGUUUACGGAUCCGGACAAGACGCUUACUCUUGUUGAGUUUUCCAUGCUAGGUAUUUUGGAGCUGUUCUUAGGGAUUCUUUGUGCUUCAUUUCCAGCUCUCAAUGCGUUGAUCAUGAGGCUUUUGGGAAGGAGGGAUUCGAAGGAAACGCUUGAGUCAAAUAUGAAGGGUUCUCAAAGGUCAGAUGAGGAGAAACAGUCUAAUUCUGGCUCUUCUGCGAAUCUGGAAAAGACUAAGUCAGUGGCUGUGGUUGAAGAUAUGCAUGGGAAAGAGGAUAGAAAUGCGAUUUCGCCUCCAAGAGGCAGACCGCCGAUGGUGGGCGCUGCCUCUUGUGAUUACCUACUUGGGGGGAUUCCCCAGAAGCAGUGA